CAAGUCGUUCAACCUGGCGAAUUCCACUCCUCGUCCACGACAGGCCGUCCUUCUGCUUGUCCUCUCCGUCCUCCUCUUCUCCUCAAUCACCGUCAUCCUGGCUGCGCCGCGCAUCAUCCCUCGACUUUCCAGUCUCUUCAACCACUUGAGGUUCAAGCCACCUCACCAGUAUCCUCUUGCAGGGACAGCUAGCAUUGCGACCGCGACCGCGACCGGGACUGCAUCCUACGCCACCUACUCGCCCAUCUUCACCCACGUCUCCGACGCGAAGAUGUCCAAGUACCAGAACCCUCCUCAGCCGCCGCCGCUGUUCACCGGCACCAAGGAGAGCAUCGUCUCCGACGCUAAGGAGCUGUGCGACCGAACACGCUCCCUGCUCGACGGGCUCGUCGCUGAUAUAUCUCCCUCGGACAAGUCCCGGGCCACGUUCGACGCCGUCGUGCGGCCCCAGAUCGAGGACGAGAACGAGAGCUCCCUGAGCGCCCGCAUCCUCGGCUUCUACCAGUACGUGAGCGGCGACGCCGCCUUGCGGGACGCCAGCACCGAGGCGGAGAAGCUGAUGGACGACUUCUCCAUCGAGGUCGGCAUGCGCGAGGACGUCUUUCACCUGGUCGACGCCGUCUACGAGAACUCGGGCCUACGGGCCGCAAGGGAGAAGGACAGGGAGGCCAACAUUGACGACGCCCUUGCCACCUCGGUGGGCCUCGAAGACGCUGAGAGCGCGAGGUUCCUGGACAAGGAGCGUAAGAGUUAUAUCAAGAACGGCCUAGGUCUGCCCGUCGGCCUGCAGAGGGAUCGCUUCAAGGAGAUCAAGAAGCGCCUGAGCCAGAUCCAGAUUGCCUUCCAGAAGAACCUGAACGAGGAGAACGGCGGCCUCUGGUUCACCGCGGAGGAGCUCGACGGCGUGCCCGAGGACGUAUUGGACGGCUUGCAGAAGGGGACGGGCGAGAACGAGGGCAAGCUGAGGCUGACGUUCAAGUACCCCGACCUGUUCCCCACGCUGAAGUUCGCGAAGAACGCGGAUACGAGAAGGAAGCUGUUUGUGGAGAACGAGAACAAGUGCAACCAAAACGCCCCCCUCUUCAAGGAGGCCGUCGUCCUGCGGGACGAGGCUGCUCGCCUCCUCGGAUACCCCGAUCACGCCACGUUCCGCAUUGAGGACAAGAUGGCCAAGACGCCCAAGACGGUCCUGGACUUCCUCGGCGACCUGAGGACCCGUCUCGCGCCGGGCGGGGCCAAGGAGACGGAGCACCUCGUCGAGCUGAAGAAGAAGGACCUCGCCGAGAGGGGCCUGCCGUUCGAUGGGAACUAUUACCUCUGGGACCACCGCUUCUACGACCGCCUGAUGGUGGAGACGGAGUACAGCAUCGACGAGAACGCCAUCGCCGAGUACUUCCCCCUGCGGCGCACCGUCGCGGCCAUGCUCAACAUCUUCGAGGAGCUGUUCGGCCUAGCCUUCGUCGAGCUCACCCCGGAGGACCGCGCGCGCCUCUCGCCCACGGGCAGGGCGGAAGACAUCGCCUGGCACGAGGACGUCAUCCUGUUCAGUGUGUGGAACGACAGCUCCGAGGGAGACGGCUUCGUCGGCUACCUGUACCUCGACCUGCACCCCCGCCAGGGCAAGUACGGCCACGCGGCCAACUUCAACCUGCAGCCGGGCUUCCUGCAGAAAGACGGCCGGAGCCGGCGGUACCCGGCGACGGCGCUGGUGUGCAACUUCAGCAAGCCGACGCCGAAGAAGCCGUCGCUGCUGAAGCAUGACGAGGUGGUGACGCUGUUCCACGAGCUGGGCCACGGCAUCCACGACCUGGCGGGCCGGUGCCGCUACGCCCGGUUCCACGGCACGUCGACGGUGCGCGACUUUGUCGAGGCGCCGAGCCAGAUGCUGGAGAACUGGUGCUGGACGCCGAGCCAGCUGCGGUCCCUGAGCGGGCACUACGAGACGGGCGCCAAGAUCCCCGACAACCUGAUUGCGAAGCUGAUCGCCACCAAGCACGUCAACGGCGCGCUGUUCAACCUGCGGCAGCUGCACUUUGGCCUCUUCGAUAUGACGGUGCAUACGCCCAAGUCACAUGCCGAGCUCGAGGCCAUGGAUAUGGGCAAGGUUUUCAACGACUUGCGGGUGCAGAUCGCCGGGUUGAAGGGGCCUGAGGCCCUAGGCGAGCCAAGCACCUGGGGACACGGCGAGGCUACGAUGGGUCACCUGAUCGGGGGAUACGAUGCGGGCUAUUACGGCUAUCUGUCCUCCGAGGUCUAUUCCGCCGACAUGUUCUACUCCGUCUUCAAGCAGAACCCCUUGGACGGGGUGCAGGGCAGGCGGUACCGGCACACGGUCCUUGAGAAGGGCGGUUCUCAGGAGGAGAUGUUGACGCUGGAGCAGUUCCUCGGGCGGAAGCCGAGCACGGAGGCGUUCUACAAGGAGUUGGGCUUGGCGUAGGAAACGCUUUUUCCAUGCGGGUCUUGCGAGAGUUGAAGGUUGUGGAGGGAAGACAGAGCUUGGUGCAUUAAUAUAUAUAUAUGCAUGUGUGUGUGUGUGUGUGUGUGUAUUCUCCUAGAACACGACUUGCCCAUCUAGAAACAGAAUCAUCGUCACUCCCAU